AUGGCUAGAUCAUGUACCCUGCUUACGUGCACAAUAAAAGGACAAGCAAGCAUGAAGUGUGUUAAAAUGUCAAAAUCACCUGAAGAUUCUGGUGUUGAAGGUACAGAAACGACAUGGAAUGUUAGUGGUUCAGGCAACAUUUUGUGCUCCAAGGUUGACGCAGAUGAAAACUAUGCAUUGUUUGGUGGGAAGGGCGUUGAGGUUAACGUAUGGGAUCUGAACCAGUGUGCUAAAAUUUGGACUGCAAAAUCUCCAGCAAAAAAUAGCCUUGGUAUAUUCACCCCAACUUGGUUUACAUCUGCAACUUUCUUGUGCAAAGAUGACCACCGCAAAUUUGUUGCAGGCACGAACAGUCACCAGGUAUUUUGUUUUCUUAGCUAAUAUUUC